CGUAACCGCACGCGGUGUGAAAUGUGACGAUGAAAGAAUUCUAGUUCUAGAAGAUUUGGCCGAUCGCGGCUAUUGUGUGAUGAACAGAAGACAGCAGCUAGACAAAUCCAGUUCAAUUGCAGCCCUAAAAUGUCUCGCUGAAUAUCACGCAGCUUCUGUCAUUCUGAUGAGGAAAUACCAAGAUUUUUCUGAAAGAUACAAGAAAUUGUAUCUUAUUCCAGAGAAUUUAGUGGGUAUUGAAUUGCACUACGGAUCUAGCUUCGAUUCAGUCGCCACUGCCGUCGGAACGUGGCCAGGAUUCGAGCACUAUGAACACAAAAUACGCAAUUUUUUCGAAAAACGGUUGGGUGCAUUGUUACAAGAAGAAGAUAGCGAUUCGUUCAAGGUGUUAAAUCACGGUGAUCUGUGGAUAAAUAAUAUACUGUACAAGCGUAGUACGGAAACUGGCGAAGUGCUGCAUGUGAAACUGGUAGACUUCCAACAUGCCGCUGUCGGUCGUCCAACGAACGAUCUACAUUAUUUCAUUUUCUCAUCUCCGCAAGAAGAGGUAAGAGAGAAGUAUUUGGACAUGAUGCUAGAAGAGUAUCACAAAACUUUGAUGUCAACCUUAAGUGCCUUAGGUGAUGGCAGCUGCCAGUAUUCAUUGCAGACUCUGAAACAAGAAUUUGAGGAUACUUUAAUGCUGGGUUUCUUUGCAGCUAACGUCGUUCUCCCAGCUGUCCUACAGGACAACACUGAAGCCUUCGACAUUUUUCAAACUGACGAGACGACGGUGACAGAAAAAUAUCGUGUCUCCUUGAGUGAACUCCGAUGUAAUGAGCGUUUCAGGGAAGUUUACCAGAAACUACUUCUAUAUUUCGACCGUAAGGGGUUACUGUAGCUCAUUUGUUAUUGCCUACUGGAUGAAGUAAACAGCUGAAAUAAACAUCAGAGGUCGCUCCACACCGAUCUCGCUGACUUAAAAUGUAUAGAAUCCAAAGCCAUAUUGUAUCAACUUUCCUCUUAUAUUUUUUAACCUUUUUUCCAUUACCCUAAAUAAUGGUUGUUGCAGUUGAAAGAUAUUCACUCACAAUGCUCCCUCCAUUCCCAGAUAGAA